AUGGAUGGAUUGGAUGGAUUUUGUGUUAAUGGAUCCAAUUGCCACCCCUACUCUUUACCCAAGACUUUGUGUCAGUGCAAAAAGCUGCAAGUUUUAAAUAUUGGCAGCAAUAGAAUAGAAGACGAAUUUCCUUACUGGCUUCAAACUCUGCAAAAUUUGAAAGUAUUGGUUUUGCGAGACAAUAAGUUGCAUGGUUCCAUUGCUAAUCAAAAGAUCAAUUAUUCAUUUCCCAGUUUAAUUAUUUUUGAUAUCGCAGGAAAUAACUUUAGCGGUCCGCUACCAAAUAUCUAUUUUAAAAAGUUUGAAACCAUGAAAAAUGGUAUUCAAUUUCCAAAAGGAAUGUCAUAUAUGGAAACGGCUUUUAUUCCUAGUGUACCAAUUCAAACACUUAGAUUUAAAUCAACAAAUGGAUCAGAGCAAAAUAAGAAUUACUCUGAUUCUAUUAUUGUGAUAAUGAAAGGAAUCAAUAUGCCAAUGGUAAAAAUUCCAAAAGUAUUUGUAAUUAUUGAUUUGUCAAGAAACAAAUUUGAAGGAGAGAUUCCAAAUGAUAUCGGAGAGCUUCAUUUGCUCAUAGGACUUAAUCUUUCUCAUAACAGACUCGUUGGUCACAUUCCACAGUCCAUGGGAAACUUGACAAACUUGGAAUGGUUGGAUCUCUCCUCAAAUAUGUUGAUCGGUAUGAUUCCUUCCGAAUUCACAAAUCUCAACAGCCUUGAAGUUUUGAAUCUUUCCAAUAACCAUCUUGUGGGAGAAAUACCUAAAGGAAAACAGUUCAAUACAUUUUCAAAUGAAUCAUAUGAAGGAAACUUGGAACUAUGCGGAUUUCCGUUAUCAAAGCAAUGUGGACCCGAACAACAUUCUCCACCUUCACCCAACAAGCUUUGGGAAGAAGAGAAACUUGGAUUUAGAUGGAAACCAGUGGCGAUUGGAUAUGGAUGUGGAUUUGUGUUUGGAAUAGGCCUCGGAUAUUUCAUGUUUUUGAUUGGAAAGCCUAGAUGGCUUGUGAUCAUAUUUGGUGGGAAGCCUAAGAGAAGAGUGAAAAGAAGAACAAGAGUGAGGAGGACCAAUCGUUCAACCAUGAAUCAGAUGAUACAAAUGUCAUAGUUUUAUUGUUGUUUGAUCAACUAGUUUAAUUUUGUGUUGUAAGCUUUGCA